GUAGUAUACGCUCCUUCGUAUCAUCUCAGAAAUGAUCGCCAGGCGGCUCCCAGCCCGAGGAGAGCCCCGGAGAACCGGGCGAGCCGCUGACAGAGCAGCACAGUCAAUCCGCAGCUCUUUCCUCUUCAGACAGCCACGAUCCGCUUCAUAACUGGACCAUAAACCUCCGUACUGCUGAUAAACCACGCGCUUGUGUUUACGAUUUAAGUGCUGUAACGCUCCAUUCUUAGAUCCGGUCUAUAACGACAGACAGAUACACAGACAGAAGGUGGGAAAAGUUAAAAAAAGUGAGAAAAAAGUACGAAGAAGAGCUCAUCUGCUUUUUCUCGAAAAGAUCGCACAGAUGAAGUGAGAUAGAGAGAAGGUUUGAGACCUUAAAGGAGCAAUGUGACGGCUGGAUUUUAUUUGCAGCUCGCCGGCUACGAUGGACCUCAGAACCAGACAUUGAAUCUCUUCUUCUCAAGACACAAUGGUCAUUGUUUUCUUUCUAGUAGCAUCUGCAACACAACUCACAAACAGUUCAACAGAGGCUGAUGGCAAUGCGAACCAGGGGCUGCCGACCUCACAGAUCCUGUCCUUACUACUGGGGCUCUGCGUCUUGCUUCUUAUUCUGGGCCCGCUGACCUGGUUUUGUCUCAGGUUGAAAAACCAGAGGAAGGCUGACAUCACAGUCAUUGACAAGAAAAUACCAAAUGGGAUUCUGGAAGAACAAGAAGAAUAUAUAGAUAUGGAUAAACAUGAAGAUGAUCUGGACCGGCCAUCAGAAGAACAACAGACCGUGGUCUUACUGCCUAAAUCUCCGUCCACCUCCAAAACAUAUUUCCCCAUCCCUCUAGACAACUUGGAAGAUGAGUAUCGGAUACGCUCUGCCGAUGAUGGAAAACUCUUCCGGGAAGAGUACACUUCAUUACCCGGAGGCUCAACACAAGGAACAUGUGAAGAGGCAAAUAAAGAGGAAAACAAGGAGAAAAACAGAUAUCCAAACAUCUUACCAUAUGAUCAUUCCCGAGUGAUUCUAACAACCAUCGAUGGAGUUUCAUGUUCAGAUUAUGUUAAUGCGUCAUAUAUUGAUGGUUAUAAAGAUAAAAAUAAAUUUAUCGCAGCACAAGGGCCGAAACAGGACACGGUGGCAGAUUUCUGGAGGAUGAUAUGGGAACAGAAAUCAGCCACUAUUGUCAUGCUAACGAAUCUGAAAGAAAGAAAAGAGGAUAAGUGUUAUCAGUAUUGGCCCGAUCAGGGAUGCUGGACAUACGGUAAUAUCCGUGUUGCUGUGGAGGACUUCACUGUACUGGUGGACUACACGAUACGCAAAUUCUGCGUGCAGUAUCAAGGCGCUGACGGAUCCAAGACUCCCCGUCUGGUCACCCAGCUACACUUCACCAGCUGGCCAGACUUCGGUGUGCCGUUCUCUCCCAUCGGCAUGCUCAAGUUCCUGAAGAAGGUGAAGCAGGUGAACCCCUCAUUGGUUGGACCUAUCGUGGUGCACUGCAGUGCGGGUGUGGGCAGAACAGGAACGUUUAUCGUCAUUGAUGCGAUGAUUGACAUGAUAAACACUGAACAGAAGGUGGACGUGUUUGGUUUCGUGUCAAAAAUAAGAGAGCAGAGAUCACAGCUUGUUCAGACAGACUUACAGUACUCGUUCAUCUAUCAAGCUCUUCUGGAGUAUUUUCUGUACGGAGACACGGAGCUCGACGUGUCGUCUCUGGAGGGUCACCUGCAAAAACUUCACAACACCUUUGCACCGCUUGACCGCGUGGGUCUGGAGGAGGAGUUUAAGAAACUUACGAACAUGCGUAUCCUGAAAGAAAACAUGAGGACGGGGAAUCUACCUGCCAACAUGAAGAAAAACCGAGUCCUUCAGAUUAUUCCAUAUGACUUUAACAGAGUCAUCUUGUCGAUGAAAAGAGGUCAGGAAUUUACAGAUUAUAUCAACGCAUCUUUCAUUGAUGGGUACAGACAGAAGGACUAUUUCAUUGCGACGCAGGGUCCUUUGGCACACACGGUAGAUGAUUUUUGGAGGAUGGUUUGGGAAUGGAAGUGUCACUCGAUCGUAAUGCUAACAGAAUUACAGGAGAGAGAUCAGGACAAGUGUUUUCAGUACUGGCCCAGUGAGGAUUCGGUGACGUACGGUGAUUUCACAGUGGAGAUGAAAGGAGACGUAUUGUGCGACACAUUCAGUCUUAAAGAUCUGCUGCUUACAUACGGCCCUGACAAACAGACGCGUUUAGUUCGACACUUUCAUUUCCAUGCCUGGCCGGAGAUCGGAAUACCAGCCGAAGGUAAAGGAAUGAUUGACAUCAUCGCAUCCGUUCAGAAACAACAGCAGCAGUCGGGCAACCAUCCCAUAAUCGUACACUGCAGUGCUGGAGCAGGUCGGACCGGUACAUUUAUCGCUCUCAGUAAUAUUCUGGAGCGUGUGAAAGCAGAAGGUUUGCUGGACGUGUUUCAGACCGUGAAGAGUUUACGAAUGCAGCGGCCACAUAUGGUGCAGACAGUGGAGCAGUAUGACUUCUGCUACAGAGUGGUACAGGACUUUGUCGACAUUUUCUCAGACUAUGCCAAUUUUAAAUAAUCUAAUCUGCCUUAAACGUUUGAGUUGUUGAAUGCUUUUAUACACGCCGGUCGUUCAGGACUUUCCAUUGCGAUUGGAAGAUAAUUCUGCUCUAUUUUACUAUGCACUUCUCAAUGUUACUAAAAGACCAUAUCUAUCUGUAAUAUAAUAUACUAAGGCUACUAAAGUUUUAAAAACUGUAAAUUGUCUUUAUAACACAUUUAAACAGUUUAUUUUGAUCUCGGAUUGUUUUUAUUAUGACAGAUCAUUCCAAUUUCUGCUAUUAUUAUUGUAAAAUAGUGUUUGUCUUUGUUUGUUUGUUUGUUUAACUAAUUAUUUUAAUUUUUUUAACUAGUCGUUGUAGAAUUUGUAAAGCAGUGGCUGUAAUGUAUUUAUGCGCUGUUGUAGACAGGACAACCUGCGAGAUCAGACAUUUUUUGUGAAUGUUUCAUGAGAUUUUAUUUAUUCAGAGUUAUUGCCUCGCAUUAUAUGAACGAUAUCAUUGUGUCGAAGCGUUGUUUUUAAUCCCUGUCUUUAACAUUGUCUUCAUCAGCCAUAGCAAAUGUGAAUAAUGUUGACAAAGCAGCAAACAUUCCCAUUCAACAAAGGGGCUACUGUAUGUGAGAUUAUUAUUAUUAUUAUUACAAUAUGGCUAAUGAAUUGUUCUCAAGAAAGGCACAAAUGUCAGCAAAAUAUUACAUUUAUAAGAUGAUUUAGCACACAAUAGACAGAUGGAAAAGUAUAUGACCAUUGACCUCCCUGAGAUUUAUCCUGAGAAAAGCUGCAAAGGUUUUUAAAGCACACACAAACACGACUGAUGUUGCCUUGCACAGGGCCAAUGAUUCCCAAUAAAUGAGCAAAUGCGUUAAAAAA